UAAAAUCAGCAAUCCGCAUACUACAAAAGCUUAGAAAAUAGAAGCCCAGAAAACCUAUUUUACCCUGUUUGCAAUUUUGCUAACAACAGAAAGGAAUUAGGGCAAACAAUAAUCAUAUCUCCAAAAAUCCCUAAAUUCGUUUCAAAUACGCUGAACACAAGCCCUAAAUUCGCGAAUCGGUAGCCUAAGAUCGUUGGUGAUUGAUAAAGUAAUUCUGUUUCUUCGACGAGGAAAGGUUUCAUUCAUAUUGCUUCUACAACCUCUCAACAUUAGAAAGAGCUUGGAAGGAGAAGGUUGAGUGUUCGAGGAAACAUGGACCCUGGACGCUAUGGUCCUCAUCAAGGAUGGGAAAAUAACAGCGCUUUGGAGGAGUAUGGUGCAGUUCAUGAUUCAAACUUUCGGGACGGUGGAUCGUACGAUGAAAGGAGGUUUAUAGAUGAAAGGUUCUCAAGGGAAAAUGUUUAUCCGAGGGGAGGUUUUCACCGAGACGUAGUGGAGAGGGAUGACUACCCUCCACCACCAUCAUCAGUUGGCAUGUGGCCUCAAACAAGGAGGAGAAGCUAUGAAGAAGAAUAUUCUUACGAGAAGGAUUAUAGACGGCAUGAGAAACCCCCUGCUAGAUAUGGAGGGCGUGACCGUGAAGAUUAUGGAUAUGAUGAUUAUGACUACAGAUCUCGUGGUUCGCGUCAAAGCAGGGAAGAUAGCCGUGAAAAGGAUUAUGAUUAUGGAAGACAGAGUUAUGAUUCAGACUAUGAUAGAGGCGGUAGGAGAGAUGGUAGCUGGAGAAGACGUGAAUCUCGGGACCGCGAAUGGGACAAAAGAGGGCUAAGUCGGGAAAGGGGCGAAAGUCCUUAUAAAAGGCACGAGCAUUCUCCUUCACAUUCUCGUUCUCACUCUCGUGAUGAUCGGGCAAGGUCAAGAUCUCCUCGAAGCAGAAGUCAUGGUCGAAGUCAUAGGGAAGACAGCUACGACGACAGUCGCUAUGAUAGAAGUGACAGGCGAAGAGAUCGUGAAGAAAGACGUCAUCAUGACCAUUAUUCUGUUGCUCCCUCUGCUACUGUUGUGGUAAAGGGCCUUUCUCAAAAGACAACCGAAGAAGAUUUGUAUCAGAUCCUUGCUGAAUGGGGACCCCUUCGUCAUGUUCGUGUGAUUAAAGAGCGAAAUUCUGGCACCUCUCGGGGAUUUUCUUUUAUUGAUUUCCCUUCUGUGGAUUCGGCACAGGCAAUGAUGGAUAAACUUGGACAUGAAGGUCUUCUUGUGGAUGGUAGGAAGCUGUUUUUUGAGUACAGUAGUAAACCAACGGGGUCAGCUACUGGAUCUCUUGGAAUGGAUGGUGCAUCAAGAUCAGGCCAUGGUAGCCACAGAAGUAUCAUGGUGCCUUCUGAUUGGAUGUGCAUCAUAUGCGGAUGUGUCAAUUUUGCACGGAGAACGUCCUGUUUUCAGUGUAAUGAGCCGAAAACAGAAGAUGCUCCUGCAGCUGAUAUGGCAUCAUCCAAUCCUAGUACUAGUGGCAAGAGAGGAGAAGCAGGUCCCACCCAUGUUCUUGUUGUUCGUGGAUUGGAUGAAAAUGCUGAUGAGGAAAUGCUUCGCUAUGAAUUUUCAAAACAUGCUCCUAUUAAGGAUUUGCGACUUGUUAGAGACAAAUUCACACAUGUCUCAAGAGGAUUUGCAUUUGUUCAUUUCCAUUCGGUUGAGGAUGCAACUAAAGCACUUGAAGUGACAAAUGGUACCACUUUGGAGAAGAAUGGUCAGGUUCUUCGAGUUGCUUAUGCCAAAAGUAUUAUUGGACCUGGAUCAGCAGUCUCAGGAGCUUCUCAAUCGAGCAGUCUUGCUGCUGCUGCAAUUGAAGCGGCAACAUUUGCUCAGCAGUAUGAUGCAGUUGGUUGGGCACCAAAAGAGUACAAUGAGGAUAACCAAUCCAGUGGUGUUCAAGAGAAAGAUGGACAAGUCGCCGGCCAAACAGAUCCUUCUGCUCCACAAGUUGGUUUUGUGUGGGACGAAGCCUCUGGUUAUUAUUUUGAUGCUUCAUCUGGGUUUUACUACGACGGAAAUACAGGUUUAUAUUAUGAUGGCAAUAAUGGACUCUGGUAUACUUAUGAUCAACACACACAGCAGUAUAUCCCUUGCACCGACCAGAAUGGCAAGACAGCUGAAAAGCAAAGUGAAACUUCCAAGGCAUCGGAUGGUCCAAAUAAUAGAAAAGUUGUUAUAUCUGCACCAGCUGCUACAGUAUCAUCAAGUGAAAAAUCUGCUUCGUUACCGGACGCUGUCCAGGCUGCUGCGGCAGCAGCAAUAGCUGCUGAGAAGAAAGAGAAGGAAAAACUGAAGGAAAUAAAACUCGCCUCUAAAAGCAGCAUUCUAGCUAACAAGAAGAAGAUGAACAAUGUCUUAACCAUGUGGAAGCAAAGAAGUCACGAAGGUCAAGCGCCACGUGUCGCUCUUGAGGAUAGCCAGUCUGUUGAAGAGAGAUCUAACCCCACGAAGAGCAAGGCAACAAAGGAAAACACUAUAGCUUCGGCAGAAUCUACUGUUUUGGAAUCCCAUGACAGGGCAAGGCCUAUAGUUUCCAGUUCUGGGGGGACUUUGAAAGGAGUAAUUAGGGGUUCUGGAAUGGGGGUGGUGAAAUCGGAUACUGUUUAUGCAGGACAAUGGGAAGGUACUACCACUUCAUCCUUUAGUACAACAUCUUCUGCAGGAUCUUCUUCGCUCGCAUUCACAGAGGCUUCAAAUACGGUGAUGCCAUUCAGAACAGAUGCAUCUGCAUUAGGUUCCUAUGCACAAUCUGCUUCUACCGGAAGUGGUAAACGAAGGUUUUCCGAGAUGCCGGCCACCUCCAUUGCAAAUAAAGAACAAUCCCAAACUACAUAUAGAGAUCGUGCGGCAGAGAGAAGAAGUCUAUAUGGUUCAUCGUCAGCUUUUGUUGACGAAUCAUCAAAUGCUGGAACUGGAGAUUCAAAUCGAGAUUCUACAUCGAGAAGAAGUGCUGUGGACUCCAUGCCAUUCCCUCCUGGGGUUGGUGGUGGGCGAAGCAGUGGUGAUGCAAUUGCUCAGAGUUACGAUGUCAUCACAGCAGACAAAGCAAUUGACGAGAAAAACGUGGGCAAUCGGAUGCUCCGCAGCAUGGGCUGGCAAGAAGGCUUGGGAUUAGGAAAACACGGGAGUGGAAUGGUGGAGCCCGUUCAAGCCCAGGCCAUAGAGACGAGAGCUGGGCUUGGAAGCCAUCAGCCGAAGAAAGUCGAUAGAGAUUUGGAGGUGCAGGCUGGAGAUAGCUACAAAGCUGUUAUUCACAAAAAGGCCAUUGCCCGUUUUCGAGAAAUGUCGUAAGGUGAGUGUGAUAUAAGCAGCGGCAGCAGCUUUCUGGUUUGGGGAAAAAGUUGAAUUUGAUUUUCACACAAGUGUUUCGACAUAUUCUCCUCGGUCGAGUUACAUAUUGUAGCACAAAAACUGAAAUCGAGUGAAAUGUAUAUGAUUAUAUUAUUGUUGUUCAUCUCAGAACCAGAUUGUUUUUCUUCUUAUUGUUGACAACAAAUUUGUGUCUUAACUUAUGAUUAUUUCUA